AUGAUAAUUAAUAAAUGCUGGGAGUUGGGGUUCUCCUCUGACCGGGGGCCCCUUCCGGCUGGGGGCCCGUGGCAUUUUGCCGACUUGCCACCCUGUAGUUACGCCACUGACAAGAAGUCAACUCGACGUUUCAUAUGUAACGCUCAAACCAGUGGAGUGUUCAACCCCGCGAAGGAGUUGGAGGCGAAGAUGAAGGAACGGAAUAGUGAUGAUGAUGAUGAUGAUGAUGAACAAUAA